UCUUCAGAUCAUCAUGCCUGAACCAGCUAAAUCCGCACCGAAGAAAGGAUCCAAGAAGGCCGUCACAAAGACCGCCGGUAAGGGAGGAAAGAAGCGCAGGAAGUCCAGGAAGGAGAGUUACGCUAUCUACGUGUAUAAAGUCCUGAAACAGGUUCAUCCUGACACCGGGAUCUCUUCCAAGGCGAUGGGAAUCAUGAACUCUUUCGUCAACGACAUCUUCGAGCGCAUCGGCGGUGAAGCGUCUCGUCUCGCUCACUACAACAAGCGCUCCACCAUCACAUCGAGAGAGAUCCAGACCGCCGUGCGUCUGCUGCUGCCCGGUGAACUGGCCAAACACGCCGUGUCUGAGGGCACAAAGGCCGUCACCAAAUACACCAGCUCCAAGUAAAAUAACAUCCUGUUUCUCAAC